AUGGCGGAGCAGAAGAAGGGAUCGGUGUGGGGUGCCGUGAAGCCGUUCAUGAACGGCGGAACGGCUGGUAUGAUGGCCACAUGCGUGAUCCAACCCAUCGACAUGGUUAAGGUCCGGAUCCAGUUGGGCCAGGGCUCGGCGUUUGAUGUUACAAAGAAUAUUAUCCAGAAGGAGGGCGUCGCGUCCUUUUACAAGGGUUUGUCUGCGGGUCUCCUCCGACAAGCCACGUACACCACCGCUCGCCUUGGAUCCUUCAGGUAUCUCACCACGGAAGCCACCAAGGCCAACGACGGCAAGCCCCUGCCGCUCUACCAGAAGGCGGCGUGCGGGCUGACGGCGGGCGCCAUCGGCGCGUGCUUCGGCAGCCCCGCGGAUCUCGCGCUCAUCCGCAUGCAGGCGGACUCCGUGCUCCCCGUGGCGGAGCGCCGCGGGUACAAGAACGCGUUUCACGCUCUAACAAAAAUAGCGACGGACGAGGGCGUGACUGCGCUGUGGAAGGGCGCGGGCCCCACGGUGGUGCGCGCGAUGGCGCUGAACAUGGGCAUGCUGGCGUCGUACGAUCAGAGCAUGGAGUACUUCAAGGACACGCUGCAGCUCAAGGAGAUCCCUGCCGUUAUCGGUGCGAGCGCGGUGUCUGGGUUCUUUGCGUCCGCGUGCAGUCUGCCGUUCGACUACGUGAAGACGCAGAUUCAGAAGCAGAAGCCGGGGCCGGACGGCAAGCUGCCGUACAGCUCGUCCAUGGACUGCGUCAUGCAGACGCUCAAGCAGGGCGGCCCGCUCAAGUUCUACACCGGCUUCGCCACCUACUGCAUACGCAUUGCGCCGCACGUCAUGCUGACCUGGAUCUUCCUCAACCAAAUCCAAAAGCUUCAGAAGGCCAAUGGCUUGUAG